AUGAGAGAAUGCCACGAACAUAUUCUGCAAAAGCUCAUUGUAGAACUCGUCAAGGAUUUAGAGCCAGAACCGCUGUUACUUCAUUUGUAUCAGAAGGGAAUUAUAGAUCAAGAUGACAUGGACGAGAUACGAAGUAAGAAAAUUCGUAAGGACGUAAACGAGGAUCUAAUCUUUAAGCUGAUGAGAAGAGGUCCGGAAGCUUUUCCAAAUCUUGUUAAGGGACUGCAAAGGAAACAACCAUUUCUGGCCUGCUCACUUUUGAAAGAAGGUAAAGUAAAUAUUGGACAAUUAUGUGACUAUCUAGAUCUGCAACAAACAAACCACACGAAGCAAGUUUGUUGUGAUAAUGGUUAAGCAGGAGAUCAUGGGCUCCUGGCUCUAUAAGUUGGCUCUUCAACUGUUAAAACUAUAUCUAGACAGUAUUAGGAUAAAUAGAAGAAAAUAUGGAUAGAAAUAAAAUAUUAAGUGAUAACAACAGAAGAAAAGAUGAAAAUGAUAAUAAUAAUAAUAAUAAUAAUAAUAAUAAUAAUAAUAAUAAUAAUAUCAAUGAUAAUGAUAAAUACUACUACUACUACUACUACUACUACUACUACUACUACUACUAGUAGUGCUACUGCUACUGCUACUGCUACUGCUACUGCUACUGCUGCUGCUGCUACUACUACUACUACUACUACUACUACAAAUAAACGUUUUAAAACAACUCAGUGCUGUCAUAUAAUGUCUCCAUAACGCUUCUUUAGGUGAGAUCCUUUAUCACUGAACAAAAUGGGCUGCAAUUUUAAUGCUUUAAUCUUGUUGGGUAAGGUAUUAAAAUAAUCUCCAAAAAUUUCUUGAAAAAGCUCCCCUCUGCUGUGUUCUAACCAUGUUUAAAGUAUAACUUGAGCGCAAGGUUUUGGUACUUCCAAUUUAGCAUAUCCUGCUACUUAAAGUAAACUAAGAUGGCUCUUAAUAAACUAAAAUAUCUUCAUCCACACAUUUUUUGGUAGCCAUCCAGGCUUUUGAUAAAGCUUUUUGUCUCUUAGGCCCUUUUUAUAUCGAGAAAACCUGUUCCGGGUAGAAGGGCCACCCUCCCAGCCGAGUCAACUUUAGCGAGCAAACAGCGCUCACCCAUGCUCUGAUUGUCUCGCCUUGACCGAGUAGAGCCAAAGCCCAUUCUCGUCCCCAGAGCCGGUCGUUUCUUGGUCACGUGCUCUUGAAAAUACAAGAAGACAAGAAUGGCAAAGCCAUUAUAUGGAGAAAAAGUGGUCUGGCUAGGAGGGUAGCCCCAUCAACACAGCCGAGUAAGAUUUUUUUGUUUCUCGUGUAAACGGAUCGUCACGGUUUUUACGGAGAUGUAUGAUAAGUUGGCUCACCCAGGGUAGCGCGACUCUUCUACCCGUGGCAAUAUUUCUCCAUAAAAACUGGGCCUAAUUUUCUUAUUCAACUUAUCUGCUGUCGCACCAAAGAGCUGCUUAGUUGUUUCAAGUCAUCCGAUGAUCUGACUGUCUUCCACUGGCAUGGGCGUUUAUCUCUUGAAUAAAAAUAUAAACAAGAACAAAACGUCUUGAAUGUUUUAUUUUUCAUUUCUUCUGCAGAGAACAAGAGGCUCUUAGAACUCGAAAUUGAACUCGACAAUUUGAAAAUCGAAACAGAGGAUCUGAAAACCAAAUUGCAGCGUUUUGAAGAAAACAAGUGCUUAGGUAAGUGUAAGAAUUUAGAUGCUUAAAUAAGAGCAGCUGACCCCGACCGUUUCAUGAUACAAAUGUGAAACGUUCAAACUCUGAUCAAAGGAGGCACGGCGCUUCUAAUCGUUACAUCACAUGCGAUGAUACUAUACAGCCUACAGUAGCGCCUAUAUAUCUUAAACGUCUCCCUCACCUUCCUCGUGUAACUACUAUGCCCGGCAGUCAUGUCCAAUACUGCCGCACUGUUACGGACCGUUAAGAGCAGUUAACGGACCGUAUGUUCUGCACAAACCGUCACUAUUACUCACGGUCCGUAUGCUGAGCACAUACGGAGCGUGCAUCUCAUUAUUACCUCAGGGCACAAUGCGAUACGGUUCGUUCGAUCCGUACGAUCCGCACGGCAAGAGAGGGGCACUCCAACUGUAAUAUUCCUCGUUCUAUAAACCAUAAACCAACACAAACGCAGAAACCAAGAAAGGCGCACUCCAAGUGUAAUAUUCCUCGUUCUAUAAACCAUAAACCAACACAAGCGCAAAAACCAAGAAAGGCGCACUCCAAGUGUAAUAUUCCUCGUUCUAUAAACCAUAAACCAACACAAGCGCAAAAACCAAGAACGGCGCACUCCAAGUGUAAUAUUCCUCGUUCUAUAAACCAUAAACCAACACAAGCGCAAAAACCAAGAACGGCGCACUCCAAAUGUAAUAUUCCUCGUUCUAUAAACCAUAAACCAACACAAGCGCAAAAACCAAGAAAGGCGCACUCCAAAUGUAAUAUUCCUCGUUCUAUAAACCAUAAACCAACACAAACGCAAAAACCAAGAAAGGCGCACUCCA